AUGAUACAACUGAAGACGCACUUCAAGUACCUAAAACUAGGCGUUCAGGAGUUAAUAUUAAACGCAAAGGAAGAUUUUUGCGCAGAUAAUGCAUUGGAAUCAUGCUCGGCCUACGAUAUUCAAUGGCCAUACCAUCAAAAACAAUUUAAAAAAAUUGUACUGCAUUACAAUUAUGUUAUCCAAGUUGCCAAGGUUACCGAAUCGGUCUUUAACAAAUGUGUAUUGGUCAGCUUUAUUAAUUUAUCUAUUUUAAUUUGCCUUAUUUUAUUAAAUUUGUCAAAUGUUCCAGCCUUUAGCAUUCAAUGGUUGAAGCUAUGGAGUUAUAUCGCUGCAGUGUGUGUACUGUUCUUUGCAGACUGCUAUUUCACACAGAUGGUGAUAACUGAAAAUGAGACUUUUGCUUAUUCUUUUUACGAAAUUGAUUUCGUCGGUAUCUGUUUGACUUUCCAAAAAAGUCUGAUUUUGUGCAUGGCAAGGGCGCAAAAACCCGUCAAGUUUACUAUUGGAAAAUUUGCACCUCCCACGGUGGUUGCGAUAGUUACCGUACUCAAGGCGUCAUAUUCUUACUACACGCUGUUACAAAGCCGUCGAAAGCAUUAG